CAUUUCCGGUAUAAAAACCGCCGCCGAGCUUGGACACAGCGCGCCACAUUCACCUUUUCAAGAGUUGCGGCUGCUUCAGAGAGGAUAGAUAUAAUAUAUAACACUAUUAUAAUUUAUUAUUUUUGCCUUUUGUUUAAAACUUUGAAUAAAAAUGGACUGUGUGGAUUUCCCUAGAGUUCUUCCAAACUCACCGAGGAAAGCGCGAGGACAAAUUCAGGUCAUCUUUGGACCCAUGUUUUCAGGAAAAAGCACUGAACUGAUGAGGAGAGUGCGGCGUUUCCAGAUUGCCCAGUAUAACUGCCUGGUGAUUAAAUAUGCCAAGGACACGCGCUACUCUGAUACGGGCAUGGCCACACACGACAAAAACACAAUGGAAGCUGUACCUGCAAACUGUCUGGCAGACGUGAGGUCUCUGGCACUACAAGUCUGCGUCAUCGGAAUUGAUGAAGGACAGUUUUUCCCAGACACGGUGGAGUUUUGUGAGGAGAUGGCAAAUCUGGGAAAGACGAUCAUUGUAGCUGCCUUGGAUGGAACUUUCCAGAGAAAACCAUUUGGAAACAUCCUGAAUCUCGUGCCUCUCGCUGAGAGUGUGGUGAAGCUCCACGCUGUCUGCAUGCAGUGUUACAAAGAAGCUGCCUACACGAAGAGGAUAGGAGCAGAGACGGAGGUGGAGGUGAUUGGUGGUGCGGACAAAUAUCAGGCGGUGUGUAGAAAGUGUUAUGGGGGUCUAAUGGAGGACAAAGAAAACAGUGCCCCCUUCAGGAAUGAAACGCCACAUCAUGCCCUCGUGGGAAAACUUGGAGACUCUGGAGUUCCCCGGAAACUUUUCUCCUCGCUCCAACUGAAUGCAAAAUAAGACGUUACAGAAGUUCAGUGGAGACUUGAGAAAUUUAUUAAUUUCUCUAGCUUUUAACACCUCGGUAGUCUUUUUGUAUUUAUGUGACCUGUUUGUUUGAUUGUUUGUACUUAAUUGACGCGGACAAUGCAGAUAGUGUCAAACCCUUCAACUCACUGCCAUCUCUAAACAUGUCUAACAUUUGUCUAAAGAUUAGACCUGCCAAAUAUAAAGGUUUUUAAUUUAUUUAUUCCAUUAUAAACAAAUGCAUUUUCCUGCUCUCUAUCUAAAUGAAUUUAUGUCAAAGCUGAGGUUACCUCAAAUUGCAAUAUGUAUGGAAAGUCAGGAGUGGUCCUGAAGUAAAAAUGUAUGGUUUCAAA